CCGUAGACGAGCAUGUCUAUUAUACAGUAUAUAGCUCACUUGAGACUGGAAAAGUUUGGCUCCAAUGAAAUGAUUGGAAAAGGUAGAUAGUCUACGUGAGUCAACUUUGACCAUCAUUAUUAUAACGGGAGGGUGAAUACGGAAGCCUUGAUCAGAGACGCGCAUAGUUGGUGUGAAAGCGAUCUUGAAGAGACACAAACUAAUUAAUUAACCACGGACAGACGGGGAAAGGAAUAGAGGAAGAAAAGAAGGAAGGACAUAUCCAGGGGACGUGUCUCAUUAUCAAGACAAAUACAUUUUCCCCCACUCUUUGUAAUCUUCGCUAGAGUGUGCGGGAAAUCAAAGUACAAUUGAUUAUAUGCACACAAUCAAAAUUUUCUUUAUCUCAUUUAGAUAAAAACGUGACCAAGAACAUCGGAUCUUGUAAGGAAAUAUCUAUUUUCAUUGACAUUGAUCCAUUGGUUUAUCAUGUCCAGAGAAUAUAUUAGGUUUGCGGUCGGGGGAUUAUAGCAAAUUGAGCUCGUACGGUCACUUAUGCCCAAAAGUGAGUGAUACAGAGGCAUCCAUCGUGUACCCUAUAGCGAGUAGCAGGAAGCGGUGAUCCUACACGUCUCUACUACCUCAGCCUCUCCAAUUUACUUCAAUUUAUCGCCAGCAUAUCCAUGUUGUAAAGAUGGAGGAACCGGUUGUGAACAUGGACGAGUCGUUGUAUUAUCCAUCUUUAUGGACUCUUCUUUUGGCGGGAUGUGUUGUCUGGCCUGGACUUUACAUCGUUUUUUGGUCAUACCUUUCGAAGAAGUACCCUCCGUAUCUAGCAUGCGGAACGUCUAUGAGAUUGGUAUCAUGUGUUCACGCAGUGGUCCAUUUUACCAUUGCAUGUGUCAUAAUGUCCAGGACAUAUCAUGAUGUAUUCUAUGCAGACUGCCCGUUAUUAAAUCAACUAUCCGUUUUUACCUUCGCGUACUGGAUUUAUGAUGUCGUGAUCAUGUAUAUCUCUUACUGUCGGGAGAAUCAGAUGAUGAAAACACCAUUUUUAAUAACCUUAAGGCCAUUCCUAGGAGAUAACCCAUUGAUCAUCGUUCAUCACAUCGCAGUAGUUGUCGGAGGCUACCCUCUUACCUUGCACUACCGGUUUGGUAAAGCAGCCUUUAUGAUCUCGUGUGUGCAUUUUACUGAAUUAAGCGCUCCAUUUCUCAACAUCAGGAAGAUUUUUAUAAGGCACGGUUACACGAAAAAUCUUGCAUUCAAGAUCAACUCCGCUCUCGCCGUGGUAACCUUCUUUAUCGCAAGAAUCGUUCUAUUCCCUUCCAUAUACCUCAUCUAUGCCUACACAUACAAUCAAACUCUGUGGGAGGUGGCUAAGUCCAUGUAUUUCGGAUGCCAUUUUGUCAUGUUUUUGGUGACGGUGUUGCAGACGACGUGGUUUGUUAUCUUCCUGAAGACGGUGACAAAAGAUCGCACGUCUAACGUCUUUGUGAACGGUCGUCAGCAGAACGGACAUCGCAGCGCGGACCAAAAUGGCUACCAAAAUGGCCGUGAUGCUGUGUAUCCUAAGAUGAAAAAAUCAGAGUAGGCAAGUUAUGAUUGAGUUGCGUCUGCAUAACGGUCCAACUUCGUCUACGCUUUGAUAUGUUUUAUCAUAUCUCAUUCAGUAUGAUAUACACAGUAAUUUUUAUUAUGAUAAAAAGAUGAUGAGAAUAACAGUUGCACGCAGCUGAUCCCAUUCAUCAAGUCAUUUUUUAGCUGGUUAGUUUGAGAUUGAUGAGUGAGCUAGGCUUAUAUAGUCACUUUUAGCCUAAUUUAUAAUCGUGUGAAUUAAAGUGCUUGUUUUUAAUGUCAGAUAUUGGUGUCUUUUUCUCAACACUCUGAGACAAAAGAUCAAAUUUAAUACGAAGAAACGUAAAUGUCAUUUCACAACCAAAAAAGCGUUAUUUUUACAGCGAUCAUUUCCAUUAAUCGGCUUCAAGUAUGUGCAUUUUUCAAAUAAUUGUGAUGAAUCGGUAAAACCAAGAUGGUCAAGCAAUGUGUGUGAGGGUGGGUGGAUUUUUUUUCUUUCGCAACCCAUACAAAGGCAAGACUAUUUACGAUAUUUUUCGAGACACACUUACAUGAUGGCAAGGGUAGGGAGGGGAUGUGGCUAGUUGAUGUUGGUUUCGUUGGUGUGAUCGAAAAGAAGUCUGAAUGAUCAAAUGAAAUAGAACUAUAUCUAUCAAACACUAUCUAAAACAGGGAACUAUUAUCCUUGUGCAAAAAAAAUCACGAAACAUUGCUAAAAUCCUCAAAAUCUCACUUCCUUGUUGGUUGAUGUUGACAUGUGAAUCCAAAUGUCAACCUUUGUAUCGGUGAUCACUCAUGAAGAAGCAGGUAAGCUCCAUUUGUUUUCCUAAGGACAGAACUAGGCUAUAAAGGUCAUUUAGAUUUGAAAAUAGGCCUCUGGUGGCAUGACAGGAGUGGUGUCACAAGUGGGGAUGCAGGGACAACACCCCUAUAUGUUUUUAGUAUAAAAGAAGAAGAAAAGAUUGA